AUGUUUCCUCUGCUGGCACUUUUAGUCUUGGCUGCUGGCCUACAUCCAUGUGCUGGAAAUGAGAAACAUGCGGAAGCAUUUGCUGCAUUGUCGGCUGAUUUGCCAGAAGUUCAGAAGGAAAUUGUUGACAGACACAAUGCCCACAGGAGGCAAGUCGAGCCAAGUGCUUCCAACAUGCUGAAGAUGGAAUGGAACGGGACAGCUGCAAUUAAUGCCAAAAGAUGGGCUGAAAAUUGUACAUACUCCCACAGCCGUGGAAAUCAAAGGAAAAUAGAAGGUGGCAAGUCAUGUGGUGAAAACCUCUUUUAUUCAAGUGUCCCAAAGCCUUGGUCAGAUGUAAUACAAGCUUGGUUUGAUGAAAGGAAAGACUUUAUACUUGGAAAGGGACCGACACAUGAGAAAGCAGCAAUUGGGCAUUACACUCAGGUAGUUUGGUAUUCAUCCUACCAGAUUGCUUGUGCAGUUUCCCAGUGUAAUCACGCCAAAUAUAGCUACUUCUACGUUUGCCAGUACUGCCCUGCGGGAAAUGUGCUAGGCAUUAAUUAUUAUCUCCCUUACAAAGAAGGAGAGAAAUGUGGUGAUUGCCCCAAUGAUUGUGACGAUGGGCUGUGCACCAAUCCUUGCCCUCAUGAAGACAUGCUCAGCAACUGUGCCAAUCUAAAGAAGGCACAUUCAUGUGAACACCCAGUACUGAAAAAGAAUUGCCUUGCAUCCUGUUUCUGUGAUUCUGAAAUAAAGUAAUAUCAGGAUUCUUCCUAUAAAUCUAAUUCUUUUUAGAGCCCUAUGAGCUUAGUAGAUGAAAUGAAUGAAAACUGCAAUAUACUUGUAAUGUUAAUUACAGACUACAAUAGGACUUGUAUUAGUGUAUGUUAUUAUUCUUUAAUCUAUCUUCUCUCUUUCUCUGAGAAGGCAUGUUGUUACCUUUAGUCUGGUAUGAAAAGCAGCUCCUGUUCUGGAAUAGCUUAUUAAUUAUCAGGCAAUCGGAGGGACUUUCCUAAGAAAUCAAUGAUAUUAUCCUAUAGAAUUAUUCUGGGAGCUUCUUCAAGGUCUUUUACUUGGUAAAGAAAAUAAAUAAUUCACUGUAUCUGGAAUUUUGUAAUAUACGUGGAAGUCUG